AUGCUACCAAACCCACACAUCACGAUCAUCGGCUCCUUAAACAUCGACUUCGUAACAGCAAGCCCCCGCUGCCCGGGACCCGGCGAAACCCUCACAGCAACCUCAUUGAGCGUCCUCGCGGGCGGAAAAGGCGGCAACCAAGCCGUAGCAGCUGGUCGCGCUUCAUUCAUAUCAAAGGAUAAACAAGAUGUCACUGUUAGCAUGAUUGGCGGUGUUGGUGCCGAGGAUCCAUACUAUUCCACGCUCCUCCAACCGGCACUGGAGAAUUCAGGCGUUGACACAGCAUCAAUUGAACAAUCUACUACUGCACAAACUGGAUCUGCGAGUAUUAUUGUUGAAGAGGGCAGUGGAGAGAAUCGGAUUCUCGUUGUGCCUGGCGCCAACCAUGCUGGGUUGAUGAGUGAUAUCAAUGGAAUUGUUCGUGUGAUGCCGAAGUCCCAGGUUGUCGUUUUGCAAGGUGAAAUUCCGCGAGAGACGACCAUGGGAUUAUUGGAACAUUUUAAUAGGAAGGGGGAAGCAAAGGUUAUCUUUAACCCGGCGCCUGUAUUCCCUGAGGGUGUCCCUUUGUCUGCAUUGCGUGGUACGGCCGUUUUGAUCAUGAAUGAGACGGAGGUUGUGCAGAUGGCGAGGUCAAUUGCUGGUCUUCCUGUUCAGAGUGAUAUUGUUGUUGAUGAAGAUCGCUUUGAUCCUGCUGGGUUUGCUGGCAAUUUCCAUGAAAUGGCUGGGGUUGAGAUAGUUCUUAUUACCCUUGGUGCGAAGGGUGUUUAUUUCUCUAUUCGGAAUGGGAAGUGUGGGACUGUGACUGGUGUGAAGGUGGCCAAGGUUGUUGAUACCACUGCGGCUGGUGAUACCUUUGUUGGGUAUUUCUCGGCUGCUGUGGCACGGUUUCUUGCUACUGGGAAGAGACUGGACGAGUUUGAAGAUGUUGAAAAGGCUGUUUCGGCGGCUAACGCUGCUGCUGCGGUUUGUGUGCAGCGCCGGGGUGCGAUGCAAAGUAUUCCGUUUGCUUAUGACAUGGUGUAA